AUGUAUAACACUAGCUGGAAGCCUCCUAAAACGCAAGGAGCAAUUGAUGAAGCCACUUCUGCAGUCUGUUCCUCGCCAGCCGAAUGUAAUUCUUCUGACACCACAUAUCUUCAGGCCUUUCGAGCCUGGGCAGUGUCCAGCAACGAUUGCCUUUGCGCCAGGGGACUAUUCGAUAGUGGGAGCCAAAGGACGUUUAUUGGUGAAGACGUCGCAGAGACACUGAAGCCCGCGGCGACAGGAGAGAUCGAGAUAAGCAUCAAGCAUAAGCAUUUUGCGAGUACUUCUUCAAAACCAGUGAGGCGAAAACUGGUGCAAUUUAAGCUUCGAAGUCAGUUCUACAAUGAGCACAUUGCUCUGGACGUCAGCAUGGCACCUGUGAUCUCCAAAAAGGCUUUCGUGGCACCUAUGCCAGAAGAGCAUUUGACGCAUCUCGAAGUCGACGACAUAGACGUAGCAGAUGCCGUUAUUUAUCCAGGAGUUCCGGAAGUGUCGGGUAUAAGCGUUUUAGUGGGUGCGGACCAAAUAUGGCACCUUCUUACCGGAGAAAUCAAGAGGUCCAGAGUCAAUUGUAACCUCGUCGCAGUGAACUCGAAGCUCGGGUGGGCGUUCUUGGGCCCCAGCGGGUUACGUGGUUUUGUCGCGAGACAAUCUAAAGAUAUGGUCUGCGUGCUCCAUUCCAACAUCGGGCAAGAAUGCUUUCCUUCAGCUGCCGAAUGGAAAAGGUUUUGGGAGCUUGAAAACGUUGGUAUUGCUGACGACCUCGAGCCUUCGCAUAAUAACUCUGUCUUGAAGGUUUUCGAGGGAUCUAUAGCAAGGAACGCUAUGAUGUGCGACUUCCCUGGAAGACAACUAAAACUCCUUUAG